UCCAUUUAAUCAUAAACAACAAAACAAUGGCAGAUAAAUAAUGUUGUUUUGAAGCCAUUUUCUCUUUGGAGAAGGCUUUUGAUGAACCAUGAAUUUAGCUUCUAGCUCGAGCGAGCUUGGCGGCAGCCUACUGUUCGUGAACUUCAAUCAGGACGUCUCGUCGAUUGCUAUCGGCAGCAAGACAGGCUAUAAGCUGUUUUCUUUAAAUUCGGUGGAAAAACUUGAGGAAAUAUACGCAUACGAAAGUGAGGAUAUUUGCAUUGUUGAGAGAUUAUUCUCCAGUAGUCUUGUUGCUGUUGUUAGUUUAUCUGCACCAAGAAAGCUAAAAGUUUGUCAUUUUAAAAAAGGAACUGAAAUAUGCAAUUAUAGUUACCCAAACACUAUUUUAUCAGUAAAACUUAAUAGAAUGAGACUGCUGGUGACUCUUGAGGAAAGUCUAUACAUUCACAACAUUCGAGAUAUGAAGGUCCUACAUACUAUCAGAGAUACCCCACCAAACACAUUAGGUCUGUGUGCGUUAUCACCCAAUUCCGAUAAUUGCUAUUUGGCUUACCCUGGUAGCAAUCAGAUUGGAGAAGUUCAAAUAUUUGAUGCUGUUAAUUUGAGGGCAGUAACGAUGAUAUCAGCUCAUGACUCACCUAUGGCAGCGCUAACGUUCAAUGCAUCUGGCACUAAACUUGCAAGUGCCUCAGAAAAGGGAACAAUAAUAAGAGUUUUCUCAAUUCCGGACGGUCAAAAACUCUUUGAAUUCCGAAGAGGGGUCAAAAGAUGUGUUGUAAUCAGUUCCUUGGCAUUUAGUAUGGAUUCCAUGUUUCUCUCUGCAUCAAGCAAUACAGAGACAGUUCAUGUCUUCAAACUGGAAAUGCCAAAGGAUAAGCCUGUCGAAGAACCCAGUGGUUGGAUGGGAUAUUUUGGUAAAGCCUUAUCUCCAAGCAGUUACUUACCUUCCCAGGUAGCAGAGGUGUUUAGUCAAGGCCGAGCGUUUGCUAAUGUCAAAUUACCUAUGGCUGGUUUAAAGAACGUCUGUGGAAUAUCAACUAUAAGCAGGCUGCCACGUCUAUUGGUAGCGACCGCUGACGGAUAUUUGUACAUUUAUAACAUCGAUCCUGAGGAAGGAGGGGACUGUACACUACUGAAACAACACAGAAUACUGGAAGCAACUGAAGCUCAAAGCCAAACGGAAACGAAGACAGAAUGUGAAGUGACGGAAACAGAACAGCCGAAGAAAGACGAAGAACACGCGCCCCGUGGACUGCUGGGAACGCAAUCAUCCACGCCACCGACACAAGAUAACCAAAGCACAGAAACUAACCAAUCACAAGUUCCCCAGAACACGACGUGGUACACGGACGAACCAAUGAACACAAAGCUUGAUGACGAAGCGGAGUUUCCGCCUCUGACGUUGCCUAGUGAUACGAGUGCAUGAAUCACGUGUGCUUCUAGCUUAGUCAAUGCAACAUGGCUGAACAUCAAGAAAACUGGGGGGUGGGAGAUAUUUGGCUUUGUUGUCGGGGGUUUAUGUUGGGCAGGAAAAUUGAAAAGAUUUAAAUAAAAGUGAUAUUUUAAGUGUGCAUAAUAAAGAGGAUGAGUUUUGUGUCAUAUUUCGAAGAAAACAAACAAGGUUAAAUAAAUAUGGAUGAAGGUGUUACCUUUGUAAGA